AUGUAUAUUCUGUCCUAUAGACGGAAUGACUUAUUUAAGAUAACCAGAAGUAACUUUGAUGAAAAACCGAAAUAUAGACUUGAGAGAUGCGAAAGAGUGAGAGGAUUCUGUAAAACAUUUUGUGAUGAUGAUGAGUACGAUUAUGGAUACUGCGUUAGAUGGAGAAAACAGUGUUGCAUAUAA